UAAUUGCCAUUUUUUACUUGUUGUGAUGAUAGUUGCUGGCUUUGAAUGACACUUUGUUGUUUGGGCAUUAUUAAGUGAAUGAUUGGAGGCCCUUAUACAAUCUGGGAAAUCUUUCAUUCAAGUUUUCUAUAUGAUAAAAUGGCUAGUUGUUCCUUUGUGACUGAAAGGUUACGAAUCCAAAUUUGGGAAACAAUCUUUUUUUAUAUAUGUAUGAAUAAGAUUAUGUACAAGGAUUACCCUUACCCUUAUCCUUGCUGGUCAAGGUUUAAUAGGGAGUUUUUUUUUUUUUAGAUUGAAAUUAUUUUGAUAGGGUCCAAUUACAUUUUAUAGGUUACUGUAUGGUUUUUCCUUAUAGUAUACAUACCAGUUAUAUUGAUAGUGUAUAGAAUGGAUUUCUUAUUACAGGAGAUAAACAUGCUUAGUCCUGAAGGAGAACUUAAAAUAAGUUUUGGCUAUAAAUGCAAUAGUGAUAGAGGUAUUCCCUGUGAGGUCGCUAGUGGCUACAAAAUCCUUCCUGAUGUCCGUAGAACAAGUAGUUUCUCUUGCUUGUCAGGCGCAGCCUUAAGUGCUAAUGCUACACUAGCCAACACAAAUAUCUGCAAUGGUAAGAUAGGAGGGGAAAUCCUUCCAAGUUGGGACUCUCCUAAUUCAUUUCGUAAGGUACCCUCUUCGCCAAGUCUUUCAAAGUUGGACAUGCUAUCAUCUUCCCUCCCAAGUAGUUUGUCUUACCUAAGCUGCAGUCCUUCCACUCCAAGUGACAUACUUGAAUAUGACUCUUGCACAUUAAAAUCCAUGAGUGAUCCUUCCAGAAGUGAAGGUUUUCUUAAUGCUGAGGAAGUACAAGUUGCAGGAGGAGCUGCUGGUGAAGAUAGAGUUCAAGCAGUUUGUUCUGAAGAAAAUGGGUGGCUCUUUUGUGCAAUUUAUGAUGGCUUUAAUGGGAGAGAUGCGGCUGACUUUCUGGCUGGUACCCUGUAUGACACCAUCAUAUCUUUCUUAAACAAGUUAAUUUGGGAAUUGGAACCAGGUUCCAUCAAAGAUACUAACGAUGUGGUUUUGGGUGGAUCCCUUCAAUAUAAAUUGGAUGAUAGUCUUAUUUGCGCUGAGGAUCAAUCUCUAUCAAGAUUUAAGGGGAAAAAUGAUUCUAAUCAUGGCUCUUUUUCAAAGAGCAGUCCAUCUGCUAAGUCAGAAGCAUCAUGUAAAUCAUUUUCACAUGGGGUACUUGAUAGCCUCCAACUUGCUCUUAGUCAGGCUGAGAAUGAUUUCUUGUACAUGGUUGAGCAGGAAAUGGAGGAACGUCCAGAUUUAGUUUCUAUUGGAUCUUGUGUUUUACUUGUGCUUCUUCAUGGUAAUGAUUUGUAUACAUUUAAUCUCGGUGACAGCAGAGCGGUAUUGGCAACAUGCAGUACAGGUGACAGAAUGAAUAAGAGUGAGAGACUCAAUGCCAUACAGCUUACAGAUAGCCAUACUGUUGAUAAUGAAACAGAAAGAGUUAGACUUCUGGCUGACCAUCCUGAUGAUCCCAAGGUCAUUAUAGCAGGAAAAGUGAAAGGGAAACUCAAGGUUACUCGUGCUUUUGGAGUCGGCUACUUGAAAAAGAAAAAUCUGAAUGAUGCUUUGAUGGGAAUCCUUCGAGUUCGUGAUCUUACAAGCCCACCAUAUAUUGCCACUCAACCAUCCUUGAGUGUCCAUAAAAUCUCAAAUUAUGAUCAAUUUGUUAUAGUAGGGAGUGAUGGUUUAUUUGACUUCUUCAGCAAUGAUGAGGCAGUAAAGCUAGUAGAAUCUUAUAUCUUGAGCAAUCCUCUGGGUGAUCCAGCAAAGUUUCUCAUAGAGCAGCUUGUAGCUAGAGCAGCUGAUUCUGCAGGUUUCAGCAUGGAAGAGUUGAUGAGUAUUCCGGCUGGAAGGAGAAGGAAGUACCAUGAUGACGUGACCGUAAUUGUGAUCAUGCUUGGGAUGAAUCAGCGGACUUCAAAGGCAUCAACUUGCAUCUAAGACUGGGCAAAGAAAACUUGUAUCUAAGUACAUGUUCAAUGGACGGUCUCGGUCAAGUAGUAUUUCCUUGGGUUAAAAAGUGUGAUAUUCUAAGUGUAUAUAUGCCAUUUUACAACCUAGAAUCGUUAGGUCUUUCAUAUGUACAUUUUUUAUAAUAAUAAUAACCUUUCUGUUUGAACAU